AUGCCCGACGCGUCUCUCGUGAACGGCGCACAUCACAUCAACGGCCACGCUACCCCCGACGCCCUCUCCCCCGACUCGCCUGCCACCCCCGUCGACAACACCCUCGCCCCCGACCUCAAAAUCGAUGUCGACAUCAUCGAGCGCGAGUCUGACGCGCGACACGAGCCUGUCCCCAUGAAGGUGGACUCUGUCCAGAGCGUGUCUGUCCUCCCACAGGUGGGCACUCCUGUCGACCCAGCCACCAUAUCCAUCGCGCCUCCUAAGGGCACCCCUCCACCACCGCCUGGGCAGCUUCUCGAUGAUGUUCGACUGGCCGAGGAAGCAUCGCCAACGCAGGACGGCGACGUGCAGAUGUCGGACAGUGGAGCGAACCCGCUCCCUCUGAAUGGGCUCUCUAACGGACACAAACCCGAGUCUGCUUCGACGCCCUCUAAUUCGUUAGCCGCUGUAUCUUCCGUCGAAACCGCUGUCGACACCCUUGCUGCUUCUCCGUACCCUAAUAAUACAACUAGUGAUCGCGAUGAUGAUGAUAAGCCCCCUCCUGCUAAGAGAGCGAGGAAAUAUUCAGACGCUGAGAGAGCGUCGUUGGCCAACACUGGUACUCCACCCCCAGCGUCGGCCUCUCCUGAAGCUCAGUCGGCCUCGCUGCCUCGCUCUAUAUCCCCCACCAUUAGUUCUGCGCAAUGGCGAUUUUGCACCUCUACUAUACGGACGCUGAAGAAGAUCAAGGAUGCAGGCCCCUUCUUGCACCCAGUUGACCCCGUCGCUCUCAAUGUUCCUCAUUAUCCGUCUAUCGUCAAGCACCCAAUGGAUUUCUCGACCGUCGAACGCAAGAUGACUUCGUGCAAUCCUUCAAAGCCUGAUCCGAACCCUGCAAACCCCCGCUACAACAAUGUCGACGAGUUUAUUGCAGAUGUGCGGCUGAUAUUCACUAACUGUGCUUUAUUCAAUGGUCCCGAUCACCCUAUCACCGCUAUGGGCAGGCGCGUUGAGGCUGUGUUUGACAAGCAAAUCAAGCAACUGCCGCCACCAGAGGAGCCGAAGCCCAUUCCAAAGAAGAUUGCCACACCGCCGCCGCCGCCACCUCCGGCGAAGAAGCUCCCGCCUGUUCGUCGUCCUUCGACGUCGGUCCCUGUCAUUCGUCGAUCUGAGGAGAAUGCCAAUGGUGGGCGACCCAAGCGAGAGAUCCAUCCGCCGCCUCCGAAGGAUCUUCCAUACUCUGAUGCUCCCAAGAAGCCGAGGAAAACGAAGUUGCCCAAGAAUGAUAUGUAUGAUCAGCAGCUUAAGCAUUGUGAGAAGGUUUUGAAGGAUUUACACAAGAAAUCGUUGUACGGCAUUGCUCAUCCCUUCUAUGAGCCAGUCGAUUGGGUGAAACUGGAGAUUCCUCAGUACCCCAAGGUCGUCAAGCGUCCAAUGGACUUGUCAACCAUUAAACGCAAGCUUACUGAUGGAGAGUACAGCACGCCGGAUAAGUUUAGGGACGACUUCAAACUCAUGAUCCGCAAUUGCUUCGCUUUUAAUCCACCAAAGAAUCCUGUACACGAAGCCGGCAAGGAGCUGGAUCGGCUCUUUGAUGAUAAAUGGAGGGAGCUUCCUCCUCUUCGAUCUCAGGAGGCGUCUGAUGAUGAGGACGAUGAGGAAGACGAAGACAGCGAAGACGAUCGUGCUCGCAUGAUCGCGACCAUGGAGAGUCAAAUCCAAAGUAUGAGGAGUAAUCUCGACACUCUCAAACGGAAGGGAAAGCCGGAGAAGAAAGAGAAGAAGAAAAAGGAGAAAGCUGUUGUGCCUGUUGCCAGUACAUCCAAGUCGACGACUAAGCAGGCUAAGGCCGCAUCGAGUGGUCGCAAGAAGGGCAAGAAACCCAUCACUGAUGAUGAUGUGCUCACGUUUGAGCAGAAGAAAGACUUGAGCGAUACCAUUGGCAAGCUCGAUGGUCAUCGGCUCGAGAAGGUCAUUCAAAUUAUUCAUGAGGGGGUGCCGGAGAUACGGGAUAGCACAGAGGAAAUUGAGCUCGAGAUCGAUCAACUACCAUCGACAGUCCUCACGAAGUUAUACAACUUUGUUAUCCGGCCGAUGCGUGCGCAAACCACCAAACGUUCGCGCACGGGCAAGGGGACCGGGACUGGUGGUCUUAAGCGAAAAAGCAUGGACGAGGAUGUCGAGGCUGCUAAGAUCCGCGCUUUGGAGGAGAGAAUCAAACUGUUCGACGGACGGGGAUCUGGGGGUGGUGCAGUGAGCGAUGUUGUGGCGGCUGACGAUAGUGAGCAUUCGUCAGCGGAGUCAAGUUCCGAGAGUUCUGCCAGUGACUCGGAGUGA